GGGGACCGCUGCCUCUAAAAUGAGUCUCUCUGGGGAGAGAGAGGAGGGGACCACAGCCUCUAAAAUGAGUCUCUCUGGGGAGAGAGAGGAGGGGACCACUGCGUCUAAAAUGAGUCUCUUUGGGGAGACAGAGGACGGGACCACUGACUCUAAAAUGACUCAAGACACCAGUUCUAAGUGUGUCCAGAAGCCCAGAGCAGAGUCACCUACAACCAGCCUGCUAUCAAUGAAGAGUGAUCAGCCACCUGCUUUCAGCCAGGAACCAUUACCAGAUGACAAUAAUGAAGUGGAGAGUUUGGACAGGGAGGAUGUAUUAAAGAUCACACACAACCUUCUGGACAGAAGAAGUCAAACUCUGCUGACAGUCCAACAAGACGUUAAGGCUAAACUGAAACACAAGUAUCAACACAUAUCUGAAGGAAUUGGACACCAUGGAAAUCAAAGUUUGUUCAAGGACAUCUACACAGACCUCUACAUCACAGAGGGUGGAAGUGGAGGGGUCAGUAAUGAACAUGAGGUUAGACAGAUAGAGAUGGCAUCCAAGAAACGAACCACACAAGAGACACCAAUCAAAUGCAACGACAUCUUCAAGCCUUUACCUGGACAAGACAAACCUAUCAGAACUGUGCUGACAAAAGGAAUUGCUGGCAUUGGAAAAACAGUCUCUGUGCAGAAGGUCAUCCUUGACUGGGCAGAGGGAAAAGCAAAUCAGGACGUUCAUUUCAUGUUUCCUCUUCCUUUCCGUGAUCUGAACCUGAAAAAGGACCAAUACAGUCUGAUGCAACUUCUUUCCCACUACUUCUCAGAGCUGAAAGAAAUUGACAGCAUUGAAGAUGGUGAAACAAAAACUGUUUUCAUUUUUGAUGGUCUGGAUGAGUGUCGACUUCCUCUAGACUUCAAAAACAAUGAGAAGUGUUGUGAUGUCACGAAGCCAACCUCAGUGGACGUGCUGCUGACAAAUCUCAUCAAGGGGAAUUUGCUUCCCUCUGCUCUACUCUGGAUAACUUCACGACCUGCAGCAGCCAAUCAGAUCCCACCUGAGUGUGUUGACCAGAUGACAGAGGUACGAGGGUUCAAUGAUCCACAGAAGAAGGAGUACUUCAGGAAGAAAAUCACAGAUCAGAAACUGGCCAAUGAAAUCAUCAAACACAUGAAGACAUCAAGGAGCCUCCACAUCAUGUGCCACAUGCCAGUGUUCUGUUGGAUAUCAGCCACUGUCCUUGAGAUGAUGCUGAAAGAUGCAGAGAAUGAUGAAGUCCCCAAAACUCUGACCCAGAUGUACUCACACUUCAUUCUCAUCCAAAUCAUUGCGAAGAACAAGAAGUACCACAAAGCCACAGAGACAAACGCAAAGGAACUGUCUCAGUCAGACAAAGAGAUGAUCCUGAAACUGGCAAAACUUGCUUUCCAACAGCUGCAGAAGGGCAACCUGAUCUUCUAUGAGGAGGAACUGAGAGAGUGUGGCCUUGAUGUCACAGAGGCAUCAGAGUACUCAGCAUUGUGUACAGUGAUCUUUAAAGAGGAAUCUGGGCUGUACCAAGACAAGGUCUACAGCUUUGUGCAUCUGAGCAUUCAGGAGUUUCUAGCAGCAGUGCAUGCUUUAGAAUCAUGUCUGGACAAGAAGGAAAAUGUUUUCUCUAGUGAUGAUGAAGAGAAGGAGUCAAUCCAGUUGUCUGACUUACACAGGAGAGCAGUGGACCAGGCCUUGAAGAGUGAGAAUGGACACCUGGACCUGUUCCUCCGCUUCCUUCUGGGUCUCUCACUGGAGUCCAAUCAGAAUCUGUUACGAGGCCUUCUGACACAGACAGGAAGUACAACACAGACCAAUGAGGAAACAGUUGAGAGAACAGUCAGGUACCUUUCAGACAAGAUCAAGGAGGAAUCCUCACCAGAAAGGAUCAUCAACUUGUUCCACUGUCUGAAUGAACUUGGUGCCAACUCUCUAGUUGAAGACAUGCAGACCUCCCUGCAUUCAGGAACUCUUUCAGAAACAAGACUAAAACCUGACCAAUGUUCAGCCCUGGCCUACCUGUUACUGAUGUCAGAGGAGGUGCUGGAGGAGUUUGACCUGAAGACAUACAACACAUCAGAGAAAGGUUAUCAGAGGUUGCUGCCCGUAGUGAAAACCUGCAAGAGAGCACUACUGGAUCGCUGUAAACUCACAUAUAAAUCCUGUGAGACUCUGGCCUCAGCUCUGCAGACACCAAACUCCCCCCUGAGAGAACUGGACCUCAGCGACAAUGACCUGGGAGACAGAGGAGUAGAGCUGCUCUGUGUUGGACUAACCAGUCCACUAUGCAACAUACAGACACUAGUACUGGUUGACUGUAAAAUCACACAUGAAUCCUGUGAGACUCUGACCUCAGCUCUGCAGACACCAAACUCCCCCUUGAGAGAACUGAACCUCAGCAACAAUGACCUGGGAGACAGAGGAGUGGAGCUGCUCUGUGUUGGACUAACCAGUCCACUCUGCAACAUACAGACACUAGUACUGGCUGACUGUAAAAUCACAUAUGAAUCCUGUGAGACUCUGGCCUCAGCUCUGCAGACACCAAACUCCCCCCUGAGAGAACUGGACCUCAGCUAUAAUGACCUGGGAGACAGAGGAGUGGAGCUGCUCUGUGUUGGACUAACCAGUCCGCUCUGCAACAUACAGACACUAGUUCUAGGUCAGUGUGGUCUGACAGAGGGUUGCUGUUCAGAUCUGGCCUCAGUCCUGAGUUCACCCAACUCACAACUGAAACAUCUGGAGCUGAGAGACAAUGACCUGCAGGACUCAGGAGUUACACUGCUGUCUGCUGGACUGGAGGAUCCAGACUGUAAACUACACACACUGGGGCUGUCUGGCUGUCUGGUCACAGAGGAGGGCUGUGCUGCUCUGUCUUCAGCUCUGAGGUCAAACCCCUCCCACCUGAAAGAGCUGGACCUGAGCUACAAUCACCCAGGAGACUCUGCAGGGGGACUGCUUUCAGCUGCUCUGGUGGAUCCCACAUAUAAACUGAUGAAGCUGAAUGUGGAUCAUGGUGGAGAGUGCAGGCUGAAAUCAGGGAUGAGGAAAUAUGCCUGUCAUCUCACCCUGGACCCAAAUACAGCAAACCCACACCUGAUACUGUCUGAGGGGAACAGGAAGGUGACACGGGUGGUGGAGGACCAGCAUUAUGAAGACCAUCCAGACAGAUUGGAUCAUCCCCAAGUUCUCUGCAGAGAAGGCUUAUCUGGAGGUCGUUAUUACUGGGAGGUGGAGAGGGAUGGUGACGGGGCUUUCAUUGGUGUGGCGUACAAAGGAAUGAAGAGAAAGGGAAGGGAGAGUGACCAUAGGAUUGGACACAAUAGGACGUCCUGGUGUUUAGUCUGCUAUGAUAGUGCUUAUAACUUUUACCAUAAUGGAGUCAUCAGAUACAGUCGACCAGAUACUUGUCCUGAUUCUGACAGAGUUGGAGUGUAUUUGGACUGGCCAGCUGGUACAUUGUCCUUCUAUAGUGUGUCCUCCUCUGGUACACUGACACACCUUUACACAGAACACACCACAUUCACUGAACCCCUCUAUCCUGGGUUUAUAAUGUACUCCUCUGACUACACCUCAUUGACCCUGUGUCAGAUCGAUGACCAACACAUUCAGAGAGACCAUGGUGGAGAGAGUUGGAUCAAGCCUGGACCUGAGGACACCAGAGACCAUGGUGGAGAGAGUUGGAUCAAGCCUGGACCUGAGGACACCAGAGACCAUGGUGGAGAGAGUUGUAUCAAGCCUGGACCUGAGGACACCAGACCAUGGUGGAGAGAGUUGGAUCAAACCUGGACCUGAGGACACCAGAGACCAUGGUGGAGAGAGUUGUACCAAGCCUGGACCUGAGGACACCAGAGACCAUGGUGGAGAGAGUUGUAUCAAGCCUGGACCUGAGGACACCAGAGACCAUGGUGGAGAGAGUUGUAUCAAGCCUGGACCUGAGGACAUCAGAGACCAUGGUGGAGAGAGUUGGAUCAAGCCUGGACCUGAGGACACCAGAGACCAUGGUGGAGAGAGUUGGAUCCAUCCUGGACCUGAGGACACCAGAGACCAUGGUGGAGAGAGUUGGAUCAAGCCUGGACCUGAGAAUACCAGAGACCAUGGUGGAGAGUUGUAUAAAGUCUGGACCUGAGAAAUGGAUUCCUCAGAGCUGUAAGACUUGUGACCAUGUUGAGGACUCCACACACUGGCUUCAGAUUGAACCCUUGACUUCCUCUGUCCAGGGAGUGACAAUGUUCAGACACAGGACACCCAAAGGGAGUUAUGAGUGCACAGUGUCUGGGCUCCGCUGGCUGUGUGAGAGAGAUGUCAUUCUGAAGUAUCACUUCAGGAACUGGGAACCCUACAGUCAACUUCAGAAAGACAUGCAGUACACACAAGGUGGUCCAUUGCUGGACAUCACUAUGGAGUUAGGUGAACUGGAGGAAGUUCAUCUGCCACACUUUGUCUGUUUAGGGACCAACCCUUCCCUGAGGAAUGAGAUGAAGAUUCUUCAUGUAGAGAAACAUGGAGUUUCUUUAGAGGAAGUGCAUGAGGUCACCAGAUUCCAUGCUAAGAUUCUCCAUCCCAAGUUCUCAGCUAUCUCUCUGAUACUGAGAUUACUGUCUUGGUUGUGGAACAACAGGAAACAAAGUUUCAAGGGUCUAAAAGGAUACCCAUCACAAGACCAGAGCGGUCCUUCAAACUGAAUAGUUACUUCAGACUGAACAUUCCCUGUUCUACAGCCAUCAAUCCACCGAGGAUUCAUCUCAUACAAAGAGACACCACACCAAGCUUUUUCAAGGCGGUUGUGAAAAUGACAGGGAUUGACAUUGAGAUGGAGUUAUUCGGUGAUGAUGAGAGGACAGUAUGGAAAGAAAUAGUAUCACGAGAUGAAUACAUCUCUGACACCCGUUCAACAAAUGAGUACUAUCAGGACCAAGCAUUAACACUCUCUGGGAUUCCUGCUGAGGCGUUUCUGAAGAAACACAGGGCUGAACUCAUUCAGGGAGUCAAAAACCCAAUGCCAAUAGCAGAUGUUCUGUUGUCAAAGAGCAUGAUUGGUGAUGAAGAGUACUCCAGAAUAAAAGCUGAAACAACUGAACAGGAGCGAAUGAGAGAACUACUGAAUGCAGUCCUCCCUAAAGGACCAGAAGUGAUGGGAGCUUGUCUCAAAGCUCUCAGUGAACACGAACACCAUCUUGUUAAGUUCUUGAGUGAAUCUAGCACCUAAUCUAAAGAUGCUGAGGCCUGUCGCCUAGUCUGUGGACAAAGACACCUCUUCACCUAAUCUGAAGAUGCUGAGGCCUGUCUCCUAGUCUGUGGACAAAGACACUUCACCUAAUCUGAAGAUGCUGAGGCCUGUCGCCUAGUCUGUGGACAAAGACACCUCUUCACCUAAUCUGAAGAUGCUGAGGCCUGUCUCCUAGUCUGUGGACAAAGACACUUCUCCUAAUCUGAAGAUGCUGAGGCCUGUCUCCUAGUCUGUGGACAAAGACACUUAAAUGAUUUUAAGGGAAAUGUUUGUUUGUGCUAUUCUUUUAACAAAUGUCUGUGUUUUAUUCAUGUGCUGUUCUGUAAACUAAUUUGUGUGUUCAUUAAGUGGCUGACUGUAGAAAUCCUCACUAUCAGUAGCUGUAAUUUGGCAGUAAGGCCAGACGUUGGUUUGAGAAGGAGAUAUCUCAGUUUCAAGGUCUCAGCUUAGAGAGAAGAAGACUGGUGAGGUGUUGGUCUGUCAAAUGUUAUGAACCAGUAUUGGUCCCGUCACAUGAAUGAAGCAAACAGUAAUGAUUCAUUAAUUAUGCUAAAUCAUGCAAAUUUAACUUGUCUGUGUAUAGCCAUAUAUUAGAACUGCUGUGGCUGCCCCAGGCAUAGCCUCUGAUUGACAUGUGUACUAUGGUGCAUUGAGUUGGUUGGAACCUCUCCAGCUCACUGACAAUAAAUAAUGAUUCAUUUAA